AAAUUGUCCCAGCCUUUCUGGGACAGCCCAGGGACCAGGUGUGUGUGCGAGCGACCAGGAGGAGGCAGCCUGCUCUGCUGCAGUGCCCAGGCUCUGGCACGUUGGCACUUGGCCCAUAUGUGAAGGAGUAGACGACCAUCGGUAACCAUAGCAAUGUGAGUUUUCCAGGGUCAAAUUUACAGCGGGGAAGAGCAGUGAUCCCAAAACCUGGGAGAUCCGAAGGUCUGUUUGGCCUCCCGUGGCAUGAACACACUCCUGGAAACAUCUACGUGUGAUGCAUGUGUGCAGCCGAGCCCGACGUCAGGGGCCGCUGUGCGCUGCGCGGGGGCUCCGCACGCGGCCGCCACACAAAGGCAGCAGCUCCGCUCCGCACCGCACCCUGCUCUGCACCCCGCUCCGCAUCCCGCUCCGCAUCGCAGGCAGGAUGCAUGUCCGGGGCCUUGUCCUCCUCCUGGCUCUGAUCCUGCUGUGCGCCACUGCUGAGGCUGGCAAGAACAAGAAAGAGAAGGUGAAGAAGGACAUCUCCGAGUGCGAGGACUGGCGCUGGGGACCCUGUGUCCCCAACAGCAAGGACUGUGGCCUGGGAUACCGUGAGGGAACUUGCAAAGAUGAGAGCAAGAAGCUCAAAUGCAAGAUCCCCUGCAACUGGAAGAAGAAGUUUGGAGCUGAUUGCAAGUACAAAUUUGAGAGCUGGGGUGGGUGCAGCUCUCAGACAGGUGUGAAGACUCGCUCCGGCAUCCUGAAGAAAGCCCUGUACAAUGCCCAGUGUGAAGAGAUUGUCUAUGUGACCAAGCCCUGCUCUUCCAAGAUCAAAUCAAAGUCCAAAGCAAAGAAGGGCAAGGGGAAGGACUAGAAUGAGAAGCCAGCAUCUUCAUUGGCCCCUCGACAUGGUGCUUACAGGGCUGGAUGUCCAGCUGCAGCCAGCCACUCUCCAGUCUUCCUCCUCCUCUCCUUCCUCCUUUCUGUGACCUCAUCUUUCACUGAGAUGCCUUGUUUUAAUCACUAGUGUUGUAGAGAGCAAACCCACCUGCCCCACAGGAGGGGCUGUCCCUCUCCCUGCUGCCCCACCGCUGCUGACAGUGUGUCCUGCUUGCCUUCUCUCAGCUGCUGUUGAGGUUCUUUGGGAUGUGUCUGCAAAGCUGGGAUGGGAACACACUUUUUUCCCCCCACCCUCCAGCACGAAUGAGAUGCCUUUAGCACAUCCUGUGGUGACCCCAGGAGCCUUCUCACUCUGCCAGGUACCAGUAUCAGGAGGAAGGGCUAGGUGUAAUGCCCAAGUAACCCCACCAUUCAUGCCCCUCACUCCUGUGAGGACUGCUCUCAGUUUGAGGUUUUUUUUUUUCCCAACAUCCCUUCAGCUGGGGCAAACAAAGCCACUGUCCCCAAGAACCACUGCAUUCCUUCUCUUCCAUCACUUCCAGCCAUCUGUGGCCACGCCAGGGCUGCAGGCCCUCUGCUGUUGGCACACCAGCACUGGUGCUAGGUGGGAGCUCUCACUUCUUUUGGAAAAUGGGGGUUGUUUUCUUUUCCAAUAAAAAUCUUUUACUAAAAAUA